AUGGCCCUCCUCGCUGUGAUUCUCCCCUAUAAGGCUCAAUCCGCCGGAUUAGCUACUGAUUGCAGUCGACAUCUUCUCGAGCCUAAUAACCAUCUCGCACCGACAUCUGCCAUCUCAUGUAUCAAAGGACCUGGAGAAGUGAAUACCUCGUUGUAUAUUGAGAUCAAUAAGGUUAGGAUCCGCGUGCGCAAGGACAGUUACACUGCCCUAAUCAAAUACAUGAACGCACUCAGCAUUUGUGCAUCAAAACGUAUACAGAACCGCAAACAGGUACCAGUGUGGGGACUGAACGAGUACAUACGGGGAAAGACCAACAGGCCGUUCCCGAACCGACGGAAAGACGUUCAGAAGCGAUAUUAUUUCAAAAUACCAUCUUCAUACGUUGGUCUGAGAGGAGGUGCCUCCUCGCCCGAUGAUGACGAUUCCGGAACCCACAGGGUUGGUGGAAAUGAUAAUGUCUCGGACCAAUCAUCGGAUAGAGACGAUUCCCUAUACCGGGUCGAUAUCCAAGGAGGUCUAAGCGAUCAGCCUGCUGAUGCCUCGUAUGAAAAUACCAAUAGGAAUUCUGCCGACACGGAUAACUUGGAAAAUCACAUGGCUCCAAACAGUGCGGUUGUCAACGGCUCAGACGAACCUCACUAUAAUGGCGCUCCCGCAACACAAGGUCACAGGGAAGAUGGCACCUCGGAUGGAGAAUUCAAUGGGGACUUUAUCGAAUCCGGAGACGUGAGUGGUCAUGUUCUUCGAAAUGGUAUGUCUGGUCAUGUCUCUAACGAAAUCUGCUAUAAUGGUGCUCCCGUACUCCCCGGGGAUUACAUGGAUAGCGAUGCCUCAAAUGAAUACACUAACAACACUGCCUUAGUACCUACACACCGGAACCAUCAUGUGCCUCAGAACACCACAAUUACCAAUGGCGCGGACGACAAUUUCUCUAGUAGUAGAAGCGCUCGCCCAUCGCUCGGCCGCAUGGCUGACGAUGCUCCCGGCUCCCAGCUCACCAGCGUCAGCACCUUACCCCCACCAAGCAGCCGAACCUCACUCUCCUCGCACCGCUCACGAAUCGACAGCCUCCGCGAUGCCCAGCAGGAAGAAGACGACUACGUAAUAGACUGGUGGCUCUGCGAACCCCUCGGCCGCACCCCUUCAAACGCAACACACACUUCCAGCCUCGCCUCCUCUCGCGACCGCGAAUACCUCGCUCACCACCCCCAUCAUCAUGAACAACAAGAUCCCUCCUCACACGCCCACUACAACCCCCUAGCCGGCUACUACGACGAAAACGACGACCGUCAAGACUCCAGCACUAAUACCCCUGGCCUAACCCUCUUCCCCCCACCCCCAAAUAGCCUUCUCUCCCGAAUCCCGUAUCUAGAUCCCGGUCCUACCGAGAAUAUCUGGCCCCCGAACCCGGGUCCGCCGAAUUUGGUCUCGCACUCGAGACGUGUCUCGGGGAUUACGGUUGGUCGUCUACCACCGUCACCAUCACCGUCACCGCUGCAGCUAUCGCGGCCGCUGCCGGUAAUCACAGACACUACGACUACGGCGGCGGAUAGUAGGACGAGAUCGCUUGCUAACGCACGUCAUCAGAGGAGGAGAAGGAGGCGAAAUGCAAUCUUUACUCGGUUGCGGGCGACUUGGCGCGGUGUGAAGCCCGGGGUUAUCACAGUUUGGACGUGUGAUGUCUUCAAGAGACGUUGA